AUAACUCUCACUUCGUCAAAUGCUUCAAUGCAUACUCCCCUGCUUCCUUAGGCGGCUUCACCGCGCAUCCCUCCUUCCAUUCCGUCCGUUCCUCUCUGCGGCUUUUCCACCAUCGCCAACUGAACAACGGUUCUUCAGCAAGUGAUUGAUUUUUGUGAGAAGAAGUAGAUAUCCAAGAGGAAUGGCAAGUCAAGCAGCUGCCUCUUUCAGUGGUAACAUGAAGAAAGCACUUGCUGGCCUGAGACGUAUUGAUCUAGAAGGUCUGCGAUGGAGAGUUUUUGAUGCCAAAGGCCAGGUCCUUGGGAGAUUAGCAUCUCAAAUAGCUACUGUGGUUCAAGGCAAGGAUAAGCCAACCUAUGCCCCUAACCGCGAUGAUGGAGAUAUGUGUAUUGUGCUAAAUGCAAAGGAUUUAAGCGUUACGGGGCGGAAACUUACUGAUAAAGUUUAUUACUGGCAUACUGGGUAUGUGGGACAUCUCAAGGAACGAACUUUAAAAGACCAGAUGGCCAAGGAUCCUACAGAAGUCAUUCGCAAAGCUGUUCUACGCAUGCUUCCCAGAAACAAAUUGCGUGAUGAUAGAGAUCGUAAACUCAGAAUAUUUACUGGGAGAGAACAUCCUUUUGGUGACAGGCCACUCGAACCUUAUGUGAUGCCACCUCGAAAAGUUAGAGAAAUGCGACCCCGUGCAAGGCGUGCCAUGAUUCGAGCUCAGAAGAAGGCUGAACAACAACAACUGGGUCCUGAUGAUAGAAGACGCAAAAAGAAAGAAGUCAAUAUGGAAGAGGCUGCCUGAGUGAGUUAUUUGGCACUUCAAUAGCCAACUCGCUUGUCAUCAGCAUUUUACCUUCAUAAAUGUGUGGAAAUUACGUUGUGUGUUUGAAUAUUAAUGUUCUGUAGGUUUGUGAAAUUUUAUACAGAGCAAUUUUUUGCUAUUAAAAUUCUAAAGACUAUGAGGACUGAUUUUUAGUUCCACAUGGGGGAAUGCAUUAAUCAAACUAUAAUUCUUCCGAGCA